CCAAUAAUAAUAAUCAAUUACAGUUUUCGGAAAUGCUACAGAAGUUGAUGGAUAAAGCUAAGAAAGCUACAGAUUUACAGAUUCAAAAAAAAUUAAGCCAGCUUUGUAUUUAUGUGGUAAUGUGCAGUAAGAAAAUAGAGUCAGAUCAAGAGAUUUCAGAGCAAUCAGUAUCAAAAGAUUGGUUUAUUGAAGAUUAUAAGAAAUUACUGAAGCAUUUCUUAGAGACACGAUCAACACACAUUCAACCAGAGAUAUUUACUUCUAUAUUGAAUGCAUGUCCCGAAACAGUGUGGAAUUUUGCAGAUGACCUUUCUGUUGCGGCAUUUUCUUCUGAUUUCAGAUUAUAUAAAAGAACACAAAUACUUGAAAUGUUACUAGCAGCCAUCAGGUGCAUGAAGAACUUGCCAGUUCUCAAGAAGAAAGUUUGGAAGAAAUUUUUUAUAAAAUUAAUGCCAAAUGUUAUAAAGGCACUUCAAGAUAUUAUUAAUUCACAAGAGAUAAAACCAACAUAUACAAUAGAAGUUUUAGAUAUAAUUGUAACUGUAGAGGAAACUAAUAAGAAGUUUGGCAUGAGUAUAUCAAAAGAUUGUCAAGAUAUUCCUGAAUUAAAAAAUCUAUCUCCAAAACAACGACAGAAAUUACAAACCAAAGGAAGACGUUUGUGGAAGAGAGUUGCACAACUGUUAUCAAUUGAAUUGUCUUAAUUUUAUAAAAAGUUUUAAAUCUAUUCUAUUGUAAAUAAAUUUUAUUAAAAUACAGUUUUUUAAAUAUGAUAAUU